AUGCGUGUCGCAGUCAAUUUGAAUAUGUUCCAUCCAGAGCUACCAUUGCUUCAACGGUACAAGGUUGCAGCUGCAGCUGGUUUUCGGCAAGUCGAAGUUUCACUUCCUUAUUCAGAAAAAGCGGAAGAUCUGAAGAACACUGCAGAUUCUCUUGGUCUUGCCCAUACACUCAUAAAUGCGCCAACAGGCGAUUGGUCAAAAGGUUUCCGUGGCUUGGCCGCAUUGUCUUCAUGCAAAACAGAAUUUCGGGAGAGCAUUGACACUGCAAUACAUUACGCAAAGACAUUGAAGUGUGACAAAGUGCAUGUCAUGGCCGGUAUACCUUCAAGCUCAGAUACAGAAGUAUCAAAGUUGUUUGUGGAUAAUGUUGCUUAUGCAGCGGAGAAGUUGGGCAAGGCAGACAUUAUGUGCCUCAUCGAGCCGAUCAAUCAUUACACAGUACCAGGCUACUUUCUUUCCUCUUAUGAGCAAGCAAAGGCUGUCAUUGAUACGGUAAAACUGCCAAAUUUGAAAAUCCAAUACGAUGUUUUUCAUGCACAGCAGAUUUGUGGACAAAUCUCAGCUUUCAUAAAGAAGCACAAGGAUUUAAUAGGCUACAUACAGGUGGCUCAAGUGCCGUCUCGUGAUGAGCCACAUACUCCUGGUGAGAUCGAUUACAAGUAUGUAUUUGGGCAGUUACAAUCUGCGAAUCCAAACUGGACAAUAGGAUUGGAGCACAACUUUCAUGAUAAUCAUGGUGCACCUAAAGAUUGGGUUAAGCAGCUUGGAUUAGACAUGUAG